CAGGACCCGACCAAUCUGUACAUCGCUAACCUGCCGCUGAACUGGACCGAACAGAACCUGGAGGCGUUGCUUAGCCCGUUCGGCUUGGUCAUAUCCACUCGUAUCCUCCGCAACCAGAGCGGCGUUAGUCGGGGUGUCGGAUUCGCCCGUAUGGAGGGCAAAGAGACUUGUGACAAGAUCAUCCAGCAGUUCAACGGAGUAACGCACGAUCCAUUGCUGGUGAAGUUCGCGGACAGUGGCAAGAAGCAUAAGCGGCAUAGUUAUUCGCAGGAAAGCGUGGCGUUUACCAGUGAGGUAACUGUAAAUCAGGAUAAAUAG